AGGGGAAGUGGGCGGGGCCAGAAUGCGGCGCCGGUGGGCGGGGCUUCAGCCUGUCAAUCACAGGCUAGCGGAGGCGCAGAGACACUCGGCAGGACUUUGCUGGAAGCGUGAGGAAGAGCGAGAGACGUCUGCACCAUGAGAGCCUGCGUCCUCUUACUGCUGGGGCUGCCUGUCCUGAUGGCACAGCAGACGCCUGACUUGGACUACAGAGAUCAAUUCGAUUACGGCCACAUUACAGAGUUCGCACCACAGCUGCAAGGAGGACAGACCGAAGUGGAACUUCAGACGGAACCCACAGAACCCGGACCGCUGGACUGCCGUGAGGAAAAGUAUCCCUGCACCAGACUCUACUCCGUCCACCAGCCGUGUAAACAAUGUCUCAACAACAUGUGUUUCUACAGUCUGCGCAGGGUGUAUGUUAUUAAUAAGGAGAUCUGUGAGAGGACUGUUUGUGCCCAUGAGGAGCUGAUCAAAGCUGAUCUGUGUCGUGAUCAGUUCCCGCGCUGUGCUGUUGCUGCUCUGACUGGUCAGUGUGGCUCACUUGGGGGCAGCUGUGGAAAAAGCUGCAGAGGCUGUUAAAGACAUGUACACACACACACACACACACACACACACACACACAUUACCUGAACAGAUACUGUUAGCUAUAAGCUAUAAACAUCCCUCACAUUUGUAAACACCUCCUUGUUCGAGGGCAAACUCACCUCCACUCGUUUACACACACCUCCUCUUCACGAUCACGUCUUCAUCUUCCUCAUAAACCCGGCACGUGUGUGCUUGUGUGAAUGGUUUAGCCGUCACCUGCGGCCGAGUGUGUGUGCAGUACAGAAGCACCGAUGCUGUAUAAAUAUUACUGAAGUGUGGCUCACUCGUCUCUGUGUGAAUGGAUGAAUUUAUAUAAACCUGUAUUUACGUUUGUACUCCUUUUAUAAAUCCUUAUGACUGUAUGAAGUCACUGGUGCUGUAGAACCCGGUGCUAUGGAGGCUGACGGAGAGCACAGGAACAGCUGGAGGAACUUUACGUUUUAAACUGUUACUGUAAAACUGUAUCACUUUGUACUGUCACGUGUUAUUAUUGUGUUACGUUUGUUCUUGAGCUUGACAUAUAACUGCUUUUUUAUAUACUGAUCCCAGAUCAGAUCUAUACCCAGUUUUCACUGCUCACUUGUUUAAUAUAGCACCAAACAAGCAGUUUUAUUAUUAUUAUGCUAAUGAGAAACACGCUACAGGACCUCCUGAGGCGUUACAAAUACCUGAUCAUCAUCAAUACAAUACAAAGUAAUGAAAAAGGACAAAACAUCAUCACGACCCAAAACUCUGGAAUUGUUAAGGAUUCAGGAACACUGCUCAGAUUCUGCUCCUUCUUACAAAGUGUACAACUAUGCAAAUAAGAAACUAAAUAAAUACAUUUAAUACCAUGAAA